CAUUCCUUCCCUAGGAAUUCUCCUUUCUCUUUCAAAACUACAAUAUAUUAUUACUAGUGGUAAACUCCAAAAUUCUAUAUUCACACUACAUCCUUCAAAAGAAAAAAAAAAGAAGGAAAAAUAACCCAUUUUGUCGACAUACAGAAACAUAUAUAACUAGCAGAAGGAAACCCAAAUUUAGCAAAACAUAAAUAAAAGAGCCAAAAAAAAAAAACCUUAAUUAGGGCUAACUUCAAAAUUCAGAAGAGUGUUCAAAGAAAGAAAAAAAAUGCAGCGUGCACUAGUUGGGAACUUAUUGCAACGCGAAAUUCAAAUAAGCAGAAACCAAAUCACCAAAAAAGUGAUUAGAUCACAAUUACCAUGUGAAGUUUUCAUUAACCACAGAGGAAAUGACACAAAGAGAACGAUAUCUUCAUUGCUAUAUGAUCAUCUUACACGUUUAAGGAUUCGAUCAUUUUUAGACAACAAGAACAUGAAGCCAGGUGAUAAAUUGUUUGAAAAAAUUGACAGUGCGAUAAAAGAAUGCAAAGUUGGAAUCGCUGUGUUUUCUCCACGUUAUUGUGAUUCUUACUUUUGUCUUCACGAAUUGGCUCUCUUUGUCGAAUCAAAGAAAAAGGUGAUUCCCAUAUUUUGUGAUGUUAAGCCUUCUGAGCUUCGUGCUGUGAAUAAGGCAAAUCUUCCACUUCGACCAGAAGAAAUUGUGAGAUUUAAUUUGGCUCUUGAAGAGGCUAAACUAACCGUUGGACUUGAUUUCGACUCUAACAAAGGGAAUUGGUCGGAUGUGGUGACAAAAGCUGCUGAUGUUGUCAUUGAGAGCUUGAUAGAGAUUGAGGACGAGCAAACCAGAAAUCAGACUACUCAUAUCGUUUUCUGA